AUGGCUCUCAUCGCGUUUGUGGCUCUCUGGUUCUCACCCACCCUUUUGUUCUACCUCCACCAAAUCACCAAAAACACGUAUCGGCUUCGACGUGUCAACCUCCACCCAAUUAUUGCAAACCCCGUUCACGCGCCGCCGUGGACCUCCGCCACGACCCAAGCCAACCCCACAUUUCUACGACGACCCAACUCUCAGUUCACUCCUAGAAAAGCCCAUCGAGAACUGGGCGAGAAGCGGCGAGAGUGGCUCCUCCACCACCCGCGUCGCGCCGGCAGCGACGGCGAUCGAUUCUACUCGUCACCAGGAUCACAAAAGCCCCCCCCCGGUCCGGGGGGGGGGCCCUUGCAAGAACCCAAGAGCAACACCUUCCUACACCGAAUAUGCGCUCUUAUUGGGGCCAAGUUACCACUUAUUCGGGGCGCGAUGGUGGGCCCACCCGGAAGCCGAGUGGAUUCUGGGUGGGUCGACUCGGACGCUGUGUUCACAGAUAUGGAGUUUAAGCUUUCCACUGAAGAGGAACAGGAGAUCAUAUCUGUGGGUGCAUGGUUUUGGGCCCACUUGAUCUAUGAGGAAAAAAGUUGCGCGUUGAUGUUGAAUGCCGGUGUUGUUCUGAUUCAGGAAAUUGUCAAUGCGUCCAUGGAUUUCAUGCAAGUAUGGGCGAGCAUGGGCCCACAAACCCGGAUUCGAGAAGGGCCAGAUUCAGAGACAACGCUUCCGGAAAGAUGUUUCCAGGAUCAAGACGAUCAAUCGGGUCUGGUUUAUUUGUUAUAA